AUGGACUCUUCGGCAGGCGAUGCCACCGCCUCACCGGCUGCUCCUCACCAGCCGCCAUACACCUACACGGCCAACCAGGGCUACGAGAAGACAGAGGAGAUUCCCCGCGAGCUGCAGACCCAGAAAGAGAACCCUGCCCCCGAGGGUCAGGAAGACGACAACGAUCUCGACGACAUCUUUGACGAGGAUGAAGACUUUGACGAGAAGGAGUGGUCCGCUGACGGCGGCGACCUGACAAAAUCCUACAACCGUCAACGCAGCGCCCAAGACGGCGCCGUUCUCCCCCGUUCAAACCAGCAAAAGCCCACCGCAAACACCUUUGCCAGUAUCGACGAUCAAGUCUCCGCCCUCUCCAAGCACGCCGCCAAGAUCCGCCUUGACUCGGUCAAGCAGGAUGCCGACAAGGACAAGGACAAGGCAGACCGCGCCACAAGUGAGCAGGUCCUGGAUCAGCGCACCCGAAUGAUCCUCCUCCAGAUGAUCAACCGCGGCUCUGUCAGCGAAGUCCACGGCGCCAUCAGCACAGGAAAGGAGGCCAACGUCUACGGCGCCGUCCUGCACGACGAUCGCUCCGGCGAGACCAUUCAGAGGGCCAUCAAGGUCUACAAGACGGCCAUCCUAAGCUUCAAGGACCGAGAGCGCUACAUCACCGGCGAACACCGUUUCAAGGGUGGCUUCGACAAGGGAAACAACCGCAAAAUGGUCAAGCUCUGGGCCGAGAAGGAAUUCCGAAACCUGCGCAGGAUCUACAACGCUGGUAUUCCCUGCCCAGAGCCCAUCAGCCUCAAGCUUCACGUCUUGGUCAUGGGCUUUCUUGGCGACCGCAAGGGCUGGGCCUACCCUCGUCUCCGUGACGCUGUUCUGACGGGUGACGAUGUGGAUCAGCAGUGGUAUAAGCUUUACGUCCAGCUGCUGGGCAUCAUGCGCCGCAUAUACCAAGUCUGUCGCCUUGUCCAUGCCGAUCUGAGCGAGUACAACAUUCUUUACCACAAGGAAAAGCUUUACAUCAUCGAUGUGUCGCAGAGUGUUGAGCCUGAUCAUCCUCGGUCGCUCGAGUUCCUGCGUAUGGACAUCAAGAAUGUGGGCGAUUUCUUCCGUCGCAAGGGCGUUGACACGCUCGCCGACCGCGCUAUCUUCGACUUUAUCACGGCACCUGAGGGAGCCGUUGAGGAACCUGCCAUGUCCGAGGCCAUUGAGAAGCUGUAUGAGACUCGGGCAGAUGCCACAAGUGAGGACCAGGCUGCUCAACUCGAGGUGGACAACGAGGUGUUCCGAAACCAAUACAUUCCUCAGACACUAGAACAAGUCUAUGACAUCGAAAAGGAUGCGCAAAAGGUUAACCAGGGCCAAGGCAAUGACCUAGUCUACAGCAACCUCCUGGCAGACCAGGUCAUCGCUCCCAAAAAGACAGAAGAAGCCGACGAGGAAGGCUCCACAUCCGACACUGACGACGAGGGUGCAUCCCUCGACGACGAUGAUGAGUCGAACGAUGAGAGCCGGUUCGAAAAGGGCACUCCCCGCGGGCGACGCUUCGAGGACAAGGACGAGAAGAAGGCACAUAAGCAGGCCGUCAAGGAGGCCAAGCGCGAGAAGCGCAAGGAGAAGAUGCCCAAGCACCUCAAGAAGAAGAUAGUCGCCACCACCUCUCGACGGAAGAAGUAG